CAAACAUCACACCAAGCGUACUUAAGGCGGAAUACGACACCACAUUUUUAAAUAUGGACGUGAGCAAGUGAUUUCUUUUCUUUCCAAAAUAAAAGCUUUCAAGCUCGAACUCGCUGCCGUGUAGGAUUCGUGGACGGUUUCAAGAGCUACCCCACCCCUCCCGUCGCCUCGCUUUUCGGAGACCAUGAGUCAUGACGUCACCGCAGUUGUUCAGGCAAAGAAGGGGCGCGGAGAAGCCGAAAGCCGAAGGCGGGAGAGCGCGCCGCGGAGCUCGAGGUGACGGUGUCGCGUCGCGUCUCGUCUCGUUUUGUCGCGAUGUCCACUCCGGCCAGACGGCGCCUCAUGAGGGACUUCAAACGGCUUCAAGAGGACCCUCCCAGUGGAGUGAGUGGUGCUCCCUCAGAAAACAAUAUAAUGCUGUGGAAUGCAGUCAUAUUUGGACCUGAAGGUACCCCAUUUGAAGAUGGAACUUUUAAACUUGUGAUAGAAUUCUCAGAGGAAUAUCCAAACAAGCCUCCCACAGUUCGAUUCAUCUCCAAAAUGUUCCAUCCAAAUGUUUAUGCAGAUGGGAGUAUAUGUUUAGAUAUCCUUCAGAACCGCUGGAGCCCUACAUAUGAUGUCUCAUCAAUUUUAACUUCUAUUCAGUCCCUGUUGGACGAGCCGAACCCCAACAGCCCAGCCAACAGCCAGGCAGCCCAGCUUUACCAGGAAAACAAGCGGGAGUAUGAGAAGAGGGUGUCUGCCACUGUGGAGCAAAGCUGGAUUGACUCCUAACACACCGAGAGGCCUGGGGCACUCACUGCUCUUUCCAAACCCAGUCAAUUCAUUUACCUCACUGGGGAGAGAUGUCCACAGCUGAUCAUCUUUCAAGUGCCACUGCCAGGAAGGAAUUAUACCCUUUUGAAUUUUUUGCCAACAUGAGUGCAAAAGCAGCCUUUUAAGAGGGGUGUAUAUUUAUGUUUUGUUGCAUGAUGUGACAGAAAUUAUUGCUAAAAGAACUUUUAUGUUUUACAGGUAGUCUUACAAAUUACACUUUCAACAUAUGCAACUCAAGACAACACAGACCGGCCGUCCCAUCAGCCUUUUUAAGUUAUUUUUGAUUCCCAGUGUUUGGUCGUAGCAUCUAAAGAGGACCGCUUCACCUGCAGUACCAUAAUACAGGCUAGAUACACUGCUGCAAGACACCUGUCUUUCUUAUUGACUCAGUCAGUGUGUCUAUCAGCUACUGCAUUUUAUUUACAGAAACAUUGUUUUAUUUACGGAACAUGUUUAUGACUCCAUCUCAAUUGCUUUUUCUUUAAAAUGGCUAGCAGUCAGUAUUAGUAUUCUGG